GUACGUGGCAAUCAGAGAGCGGAACACGGCUGUGGAAGUGUUGCGCCUUCCCCGUUUCAACCGUCCACUCCAAGAAAGUCGGUGUAUCACAGGCUACUCCUUUAGAGGACACUGUUUAUACCUUCGGCUUUCUCAGCACAACUUUUAAAUAAUGUUCACCGCCUCAGAGCUAGUUAUCCUGCUGGCCGCCUUGUCUGCUACCGCAUCGGGCUACUUCGUUAGCAUAGAUGCUCAUGCAGAGGAGUGCUUCUAUGAGCGGGUUAACUCCGGCACGAAGAUGGGCCUCAUGUUUGAGGUGGCCGAGGGAGGCUUCCUGGACAUCGACGUGGAGAUAACAGGGCCUGAUGGAAAGCAGAUUUACAAAGGGGACAGAGAGUCCAGUGGGAAAUAUUCGGUGGCUGCACACAUGGACGGAACCUAUAAGUUCUGCUUCAGUAACAAAAUGUCCACCAUGACACCCAAGAUCGUCAUGUUCACCAUCGACAUCGGAGAGGCCCCUAAAGGCCAAGACAUGGAGACAGAAGGUGGUGACAGCUGGGAUGCGCAUCAAAACAAGCUGGAGGAGAUGAUCAACGAACUAGCUGUUGCUAUGACUGCAGUGAAGCAUGAGCAGGAGUACAUGGAGGUCCGUGAGAGGAUACACAGAGCAAUUAACGACAACACAAACAGCAGAGUGGUCCUGUGGUCCUUCUUCGAAGCUCUGGUUCUGGUGGCCAUGACACUUGGACAGAUUUACUACUUGAAGAGAUUUUUUGAAGUGCGACGAGUGGUGUAGUCCUCUGAAUCCAUCCCUCUGUGUCCUCCACUGUUUUCUCCAACACCAAGACAGUUAUUUACAAUCUGAAAGACAAGACUGGCAGUUUUGAGAAAAGCCAACAUGUGAUUUGAUCUCCGAUGUUUUUGUUUUUUUUCUGCUUUAUUCUCUCUUUAACUGUAUGUUUGGAAAUGAACGGCCACACAGGUUUUCUUAGAAGUCCUUUAGUGUUUCCUUGUUUUUUGGGUUUACCAGUUUUUUUGGUCAAAGUUUGAUAAUUAUAGUUAAGCACCAGUUACUAGUGCUAAUACACUUUUUACUUUUACAAGUGACUUCUGUACCUGCAACACAAAAAAGGCUCAUGAAUGCAUAAAAAAAGAAGGGCACGCUACAGGAGAAUGUCAUAAUAUGAAUUGAAACCCAGUAUCUGAGAUGCAGAAGGCUUUUUUUCCCCUUGUGACAAAAUUCACAGUCCUUUGUCUUCAUGCUCUCAACUAAUUGCACUCCUUGUUUGUAAAUCUGAAGGAUGCACAUUGCAGAAUAUUAGGCAACCUCUACUGCUGUUAUUAGAUGAAACAACCUGGGGGCGCCAGAGUGGACCCACUGUAAUCCUGGAGGUUUGUCUGUGCUCCCUAUGUAUUAAGAAAACUGACCAGGCCACCUAUUUGCUCACAGAAUUUUAAAACGACUGCAUUUGUUGAGUUGAGGGUCGGAUUUUAACUGAAAUUUUUUGGUUACAGCUCUCAAAGUGAACGAAUACGAGAAUCCAUGCUACUUGUUAAUUCGGGGAGGGGGUUGUGAACUUCAUAUAAUUUUUUUGUCUGAAAUACUUGUCCGGGUUUGGGUUUUACAAUAAUACUGGUUCAUACUGUUUUCAUAGUUUUAUUUGUGGAGCAGUAUGCAGCCAUCAAGAGGAUGCCACAGUCAAACACAUUUGUGGCAGUCGCUGUGAGUUGCAUGUAAGGAAAUAUGCUUUGGUUUUGUAUUAAAAAUCCUCAGCGAUCUCAGGCUGGUUGCGUGCUCGGAAUAAGGUGUCUUUUUUUUUUUUUUUUUUUGUGACUGCAACAAGAUCUGCUUAGUGGGUGUGUACAAAUGUAGGAUGGCUCUAUGUGAACAAACGCCCCAGGUUUCAUAAUAAAGCCAAUAUUC